ACAGAGACGAGGCUCUACAGAUUUUUAAAUACAGUAAACAACAACUUUUGAAUAUAUUGAAAAACCUUUACUGGAUGGAAGAAAACGACAAAUUGAAUUACUGGCAUCUGAUUAAUGUCACAAACGCAAGCAUUGCGCUUCCGAAAGAGCUUCUGAAUGAUACCUUUAUGUGCAAAUUUUACAGUAAUUUGAACCUCAAGGAUGAAAACUUUUUUAAAAUGCUGCUGCUGCACAACAGAACUUGGGAGAGCCUCAAAAACGAACAUUUUUUCUACAAAAUGCUGAUGCUUCGAAAGUGGUCAACUGAUUACUCGUUCUCUAUGCUUCGGAAAAAAAAAUUGGGAGAAGAAUUGAAGAAACAUGCAAACAUCUUUUCUGUAAUAUACCUCUACAUACCUCUGGGGCUCAAGUUUGAAUUACCUGCAGGAAUAUUACAGCAACCAUUCUUCGACAUGGAUUGGCCAAAUUACUUGAAUUUCGGAGCCAUCGCUUCCAUGAUUGGUCUUGAAAUUACUCAUGGAUUAUUUAAAACAGGUGUACAUGAUGGACUCGGAUAUUGGAGCCAAAGCGCACGCGAACGUUUCUACAAGAAAAGCGAAUGUUUUGUAACACAAUAUGAUAAUUACGCUCGUGAGUCUCCUGAAUUUGAGAAAUGGGUAAACAGCAAUAGCACAAAAGUAGAAAAUAUGGCUGAAACUGCAGGUCUCGAAAUAGCUUAUCUGGCAUAUCAGUCCUGGGUAAAUGAUAAUCAAAUAGAAAAAAAACUGCCAGGACUGAAAUAUACACCGAAUCAGUUAUUUCGGAUAAGUGCAGCAAACGUACUGUGUGAAAAACAAAGAAAGAUGAAUUUAAAAAGUAACAAUCUUGGUGGAUCACCAAUGUUUCGAGUCAUAGGAUCUAUGUCCAACCUACCACAGUUUGCAAGAGAUUUCAACUGCCCAGCAAAUACAACAAUGAAUAGAGAAAAUAAAUGCCGAAUUUGGAAUAAGGAAUACGGAGAUUAACUGCAUGUAUUCACAAAGCAUAUUUGUAUAUUUGGUGAAAGUUAUAUAUUUAUUUGUGCAGGUAUUUAUUACAUGUGAAGCUGCUGUUGAACAGCUGUCAGCACGUUUUGCUUAAAUAAAAUAU